CUUUCUGAUUCAGUUCAGCUGACCCCAGAUCAAUGCUUUCACAGAGACAUACACCGUCUCGCUCUGCAACUACCAUGUCUCCGGAGACUGCUCCUCCUCUCAUUGCCGCCCAGCUCAACUACCUCCUUAGUCACUUCCCCCUCCUCGUUAAGAUUGAGAAUAAGUGGUCUGGCAGCAAAUACUACCCCGGAAUUCUUGACCGCUUCACCUUAGUCAUUUCCUACUGUCUAGACGUUAUCAAAUGGGAUAUUAUAUUUGAUGCAGAGUCUCCAAUGGCUGCACCAGAUGUUAUAUUUGGACCUGAUGAUGAAAAUUUUCAGCAGUUUCUUGUAUUGCGUGGUGAAGAAGAAGGGGACACAAAGUCUCCUAAGAAAUUUUUGAAUGAUUGGAACAGCAGAGACCCUACACAGCUAAUGCUUCUCAUUCAAGAACUGAGGGAUCAAUACAUGUCCUUCCAGAAGAAGCGCGUUGCAGAAGUUGAUGAUGACAGAUUGAAGUUUGAAAUUAGCACAAUUGUUGCUCGUGAGGGCAUUGAGAUGCACAUGAGUUCUGGAGUUGACAAGCCAGAGGAGGUCAAAUUUUCAGUGCCUCUAUUGGACAUGAACAUAAAUAAGAUGGUGCCUGGGUGUCCCUGGAAACAUAAACAAAAGAUAUACUUGCAGGUUAUAUAUCCUGUUGAGAAAAAAUAUGUUUCCACUCCAUCAGCUCCUCGCUUGAAACUAGUAUCUACAACAGAGUUGAAGAGUAUAUUUUCCAUUGAUGAUGUGAAACUUCCUACAUGGUUGAAUGGGAUGUGCAUGGCUGAAUAUCUUCCCCAUCUUGAGGAAUCUCUUGAGAACCAGGUUUUGGAGGCAGUUUCCUUAAUUGAUGUUAGAAGGCGCUUUAUUGAGGCAUUAGCCCUUCAGUUUGGAAGACCGUUGGAAGCUGAUCCGGUAUUUUGCAGAAAGGCUACAUUUCUUGCUGCUUCUGGAGUUUUCACGUUCCUGGUUCAUGUUUUGAUUUCAACUCAGUUUCCAAAGCAACAGCCAGAGUUGAUGCUUCAAAGUUCACAGCAUUUCAACUCCCAAGGUGCGCCAAUCAAGUCACUGUUUCUAACUGAAUACCCUUGGAGCCCAAGAUGGGAAAUACCAUUAAUGGCUGAGCGAAUUUGUGACUAUUUGACGGAUGAGGCUUUGAACUUCAAGAGGUACUGCAAUGAACCUCAACUGCAACACUAGCAUGUCGUAGAAUGCAGCCAUUAAUGUUCGGUAUCCUUGCCGAUACAAAUCAAGUUGUGUAAAGUUGGUGCAUUGGAACUCUUUUGAUUCUUGGAUAUGGGCGUGGAUAAAAAAGAUUGUCACUUUUGUUAAUAACUGAGAAAUGAAACGAUGAUAGUUCUUAAUUAAUGCUUUGCAGUCACAGAUUAUGGUCUUGAACUUAGAUCAAGAUCUAAUAGAUGACACUAAUUCAAAAGGCUAAAAUAUUUUGUCAGGAUUUGAAUCGGGUUGAA